ACCGCGAGCUUUCGAUGUGUGCGUGCUUGUGAAAGACCUCCGGCACGAUCGCGCUUGGAGCCACCCGAACCAACAUGGCGUCCCGAGGAGGGUUAGUUGUAGUUUCGCUUCGCUGCCAGCAAGCCGCAGUAGCAGCAGCAGCAGCAGCAGCAGCAUCAAACGUACAGCGCGUGGAUUAUCCGUCAACUGCUAUCCUAGAUGUCGACCAUGUGAACCCGCCCGGUGUGCGCGGAACGGAGUUUUAAGAAAGUGAAAGAAGAAUUUUGAAUAACGCAAAUUAAAUAAGUUUUAGUGGAGGAAAAAAAUACAAGGUGAAAAACAAACAAAGAAGUGUUUGAACGGAAAAUCUUACUAAAUCUCAAACGGAACUGAGUGAGUAGCUGGAUUUGGAGCGAUCAAGAAGACGAGCUUCAACCGGGCUGAAGACGAUAGCAAGGCCGCUUUGAGGAUAUAAUUUUAUUUUGGGUAGAAAAGAUUCUCCCCGUCCUGCAUGUUAUGGAACUGCGCAAAAUGAGUACGGCCAAGCAGCAGCAGCAGCACCAGCAGCAUCAGCAGCAGCAGCUACAGCAGCGCGAAGAUCGACGGUACUCGAUGCCACACGGCAUGCACGGCACACUCCCGCCCGGGGCAACGGAUGAUCUACACGCAUGGUCCAUUUAUCGACAAAACCUAAACUCGGACUUUGCUGAUUCGGCGCUCGGCUCAUCGGACAAAUCACCGAAACCUUACAACUCUCAGUACCACCAACGGGACACAGCCAUCCUCAACCAUCCGCGCUAUGGUCCCAAGCAGAACCCAAUCAACUCCAACAUGUACACCUACCUCAAGUUUGGUCUGCCGCGUGUCUUCCCUCCGAACGGUGGCCAACCGAUGGCAAACGGACGACCGGGGCGUGCCUCGUCCAAGGCAAACGGACGCGGUCGGGUGAACCGAGGGUAUCGAGACAGUACCGGACCGGGUCCCGGUUCCUCCGGCUACGACAGUAGCGACAACGAAACGAACCGUGGUCGUGUGCCAGCUAAUCUAAGAAAAUAUCGCAGCGAGUCCGAUUUCCGAGCCAUCGGCGCCACAAACACAUCGCGACCGAGCUCGCGUGCCCAAGGCAUCCCGUUAGCCGCCCUCAAACAAGCCAACAGCCGGGCCAGUAUAGCCGGAACGCACGUGUACAACCCGUACGCCACGAACCUGCGACACCACAACCUGCGCUCGCAGAGUGAAGCGGACCUGCUGGCCGAAUGGGACUACGACGAUUCGCCGACGUACGGUGAGACACGCCUGUACCCGGAAGAUGCUAUGUACGCGACCCAAAGUCGGCGACAUUCGCUGGCAGGGCUGGUGUAUCCCAACAUCCAGGUACACUGUCUGGACGUGCUGCCAGGCUUGCGUGGUGUUUCGCUACAGGCAAAGGCGGGCGAUCUUUUCGCCAUUAUGGCGACAGCGCAGCGCGAAGGAACGGCGUUGGUAGAGGCGCUGGCUGGCGUGCGGCAGCGUAUGGGUGGCGAGAUCCUGGUGAACGGCCAGCAGGUUAACAAGCGCAUCCUCCGCCAGCUGUGUGGCUACGUGCCUGCCCUAGAUGCUGCACCGCUCGAUCCACGCAUGAGCGUCCAGAGUACGCUUUCGUUUGCGGCCGCCCUGCGCGGCCCGUACGAUCGGGCCGAUCUGAAGGAACGCAUUGACAUUUUGGUCGAGGACCUCGGACUGACGGCGGUCCGGUCGGCCAACGUGUCCCGCCUGACGCACUCGGAAAAGCAAAGACUGAACGUGGCCUGCCAGCUGCUGACGCAGGCUUCCAUCCUACUGCUCGACCAGACCACCAUCAACAUGGACAUCUUCGACACGUUCUUCCUCGUGGAGUACCUGCGCCAGUGGUGCAGUGCCGGUCGAAUCGUUAUCAUGACGCUACAGCCACCAACGUUCGAGAUCCUGUCGAUGUGCUCCGGUGUGCUGCUGCUGUCCGGUGGACGCACCGUGUACUCGGGCAGCAGAGCCGAUCUGCCGCGGCACAUGGGACAGCUCGGCUAUCCCUGCCCACCGUUUAAGAAUCCCGCCGACUACUAUCUGGAUCUGGUCACGCUGGACGAUCUGUCGGCGGCGGCACUGCUAGAGUCAUCGGCCCGCAUCGAGUCACUGGCCAACUCGUGGGAUCACGUGAAUGCUGAACCACCGCUGGCGGCACCCGUUGCCAAUCUACCCGAGCCAACGCGUAGUGCUGGAUUAUUCAGUCAAAUUAAUGCACUUGCCAAGCGAUAUAUGACGUACAAGCAGCCGGGAUCGUUACUCACCUGGAUCAGCCGGCUGAUUCUUGCGGCGGUUCUUUCACUCUUUAUCGGAUGCAUCUUCUGGGAUGUGCCAGCCUCCGAUCCGCAGCUGAAUCUGAACGAUCGUCUAGGCUAUCACCAUUGCAUGAUGAUGGUGGCCCUGUGGCCAUUGCUCAUUCUUCAGAUACGGGACGUACAGGAGGAUCGUCGACACGCAGAGAAGGACCUGAAGCUAGGCCUGUACGGUCGCUUCCUGUACAUUAUCAUCCAGAGCACGCUGAGCGUCAUGCCUAGCCUCUGCAUUUGGUUGGCCUAUCUACUUCCCGCGCACAGUAUGGCCGGCCUUUACUCGUACACAACCAACAACGAUACUGGCAUCUAUCUGUAUAUGGGCUACAUGCUGCUCUACCUAAUGGCCAUACAAACGAUAGUGCUCUUCAUUGCCCACCUGAUCCCGUGUGGCGUUACCGCUACGAUAGUCACCACGCUCGUCCUAAUGCUGAUGGCCGCUGUUGGCGGAUUUGCCGUACACGUGGCGAACGUUCCCGACUACUUGCGAUGGAUGGAACUGGUGACACCUCAGAAGUGGCUAACACCACUGCUGACCGAGAACGAGUACAGUGCGGAAACGUUGAUGAGCAUUACCAGCCAGCAGCAGUGUCGAAACAAACAGGUUCAGUACACGGAGAUCAUCGUACAGCAACCGUGUCCACCACCGAACGGUACGUUCGUACUUGCCGACCAUCAACUGCUGCCCCGAGAUCACGUGCUAGACGCGAGCGACAUGUACACAUCCACCGUACUGGGACUUUUACUCACCUGUAUCGUAUUCUUCGCCCUAACCAUGUUCGUCUUCCUACUCAACUGCCAGUCGCUGCUGCGAAAGAAGAAUAAGGGCCGCGCUGGGAAACACGCGUAAGGCAAAGCCUCCCCUUCCCACACGCAACGUUCGGACUAGGAUAAAAGAUGGGCUGGUGCGGUCGGUUUUAUCUGCCCGAUCGCAUCCGCGCAAGGUGUAAAAGUGCUAGUUAAUUUUAUUUUAUUAUCAUUUUCCUGUUUUUUCUGUCUAUUUUUUCGUUUUCUUUUUUUUUGGCGAGUCUUGUAACGAAUUCUUCUCCCACUUCCGGUUAGGUGGUGCGUGUGUAGCUUCCGUCCUUCGAAUGUAUUAUGAUGUUUUCUAUUUUUAGCUAAUUAACAAAGGUAGUAGUUUUUAUGGCCGGUUCAUCGUACGGAACCCGGUAGCUAGCUUAGUACAGCGCAACGUUAGCUAAGUAGUGAUCGAUUUUUUUUAAAAACAAAGGUUCUAACAUAACCCAACAAACGGUAGCAGACAUUCAAGCGAUGGAGAGGAGGAUAGGAUGCUAAUGACCACACCCCACAGAAUUGUAUUACGUGCUGACAACUGAGCGUGGCAUUUAGAACGAUCGCAAUAUAGGGUUCACCUGUCGCCGGCAAAACGCCUGGCAAAAAUUUGAUGAAUAUUUUUUUAAAUAAAAAACAAUGAUGUAAGAGGGAA